AUGUCUUGGCCUACGGAUUCUGAGUUGAUUGCGAUAAAGGAGGCAGUGGCCAAUAUUACUGGAAGAGAUACAGGGGAAGUUCGAGUGGUGGUCGCACCUUAUCGUAUAUGUCCUUUAGGAGCUCACAUUGAUCACCAGGGUGGAACUGUAUCAGCUAUGACGAUUAAUAAAGGGAUUCUUCUUGGUUUUGUUCCAUCGGGCGGUACUCAGGUCCAGUUGCGUUCUGCACAAUUUGAAGGAGAAGUUUGUUUCAGAGUAGAUGAAAUCCAGCACCCAAUAGACCUAGCGAACAAGAAUGGUGCAUCAAAAGAAAACAGUAUAUGGGGCACUUAUGCCAGAGGAGCGCUUUAUGCAUUACAGACCAGCAAAAAGAAUCUCAAACAGGGCAUUGUUGGUUACAUCAGUGGCUCGGAUGGACUAGAUAGCUCUGGGCUUAGCUCAUCAGCUGCUGUUGGUGUGGCAUACCUGCUAGCUCUUGAGAAUGCAAACGAAUUGACUGUAUCCCCAACAGAAAAUAUCGAAUUGGACAGACUUAUUGAGAAUGGGUAUCUGGGUCUGCGGAAUGGAAUUUUGGAUCAAUCAGCUAUUUUACUUUCGAGCUAUGGGUGUCUAACAUACAUGGACUGCAAGACUAUGGACCACAAGCUCGUAAAGGCUCCUGAACUGGAGAAACCGUUCAGGAUAUUGUUAGCAUUCUCAGGCUUGAAGCAGGCAUUAACCACCAACCCAGGAUAUAAUCUGCGAGUUGCUGAGUGUCAAGAGGCUGCUAAAGUUCUUUUGACUGCAUAUGGGAACAGUGAGCUGGAACCUACCUUGUGCAAUGUUGAGCAUGAGGUCUAUGAAGCUCACAAGCACGAGCUGAAACCGGAUUUGGCUAGAAGAGCAGAGCAUUAUUUCUCGGAAAACAUGCGGGUUACCAAAGGACUGGAAGCCUGGGCUUCAGGGGAUCUCGAAGAAUUUGGGAAGCUAAUUUCAGCGUCCGGCUUGAGUUCUAUUGAGAAUUACGAAUGCGGUGCGGAGCCAUUGAUUCAGCUAUACAAGAUUCUUCUGAAGGCUCCUGGGGUAUACGGUGCUCGGUUCAGUGGUGCAGGUUUCAGGGGAUGUUGUCUCGCCUUUGUAGAUGCAGAAAAAGCCGAGGAAGCUGCUUCAUAUGUGAAGGAUGAAUAUGAAAAGGCCCAACCCGAGUUUGCGAAGAAACUGAGUGGAGGAAAACCUGUUCUGAUUUGCGAAGCAGGUGACUCUGCUCGUGUUCUCUGA